GUGAAGACGUCUGGGAGGUUCGGUUCUGAGCUGAUCCAAACAGAUGGAGGAAUCCGCUCUUCCUGCCUCAGAACUGCUGGCUCUGCAGAAACAAACCGACGGAUGUUCUUCAUCACGAGUCUGCUCCUCGUGCUGCUGCGGCCGAACCUUGAACCUACAGCCGAACCGAACCCUCAGCAGCUGGAGCUCAGAGAACCCGAACAGAACCAGAGCUGAGCCGCAGCGGGUCGUCUGCCUCCAUGGCUCGCUACCUGAAGUAUUUCACCACGGUGGGUGAUGAGCAGCCRGCUGAGCUGGAGGAGGAGGAGCUGCAUGUGACUAGUGAGGACCUGAGUCCAGCUGCAGGUCAGUUCCCACCAGCUCUCACCUUCAGAGACACGCUGAAGAAGCUCUACACCUCGCAACGCUUCCAGGUGUUGGUUGUGUUUUUGGUGGUCUUGGAUGCCUUCUUUGUGCUGGCGGAGCUGCUUAUAGAUCUGUCUGUCAUCAAACUUGAGCAUGACCACAUUGCUCCUGAGGUGUUCCACUACCUGAGCCUGGCCCUGCUCACCUUCUUCAUGGUGGAGCUGAUUGGGAAGCUGUUUACGUUUCGCCUGGAGUUCUUCCAGCACAAGUUUGAGGUGUUUGACGCUCUGGUGGUGCUGGUGUCCUUUGUCCUGGACAUCGUCUUCAUCUUCCACGAAGACGCCUUUGAUGGGAUGGGUCUCCUCAUCCUGCUGAGACUCUGGAGAGUAGCCAGGAUAAUUAACGGGAUCCUAGUGUCRGUGAAGACCAGAGCAGACCAGAGCAUCCACAAGUUAAAGGAGAGCUACGACCACCUGGUUCAAAGAUCCACAGAGCUACAGAAGCACAAUGAUGAACUGGUUGUAGAGAACCAGAAACUGCAGGCUCUCCUGAAGAAACACGGCAUCAACUUUGAACCUUCUCCUGAGGAAACUCAACGUUGACAUUUUGACUUCCUUCUGAGGAAACAUCGACUUUUGAUUUCCACUUUAGGAAACAAAACACUGAUAUCCUCCUGAGGAAACACAAUAUUGAUUUCUAACUUCCUCCUGAAUAAACAUUACAUUGAUUUCUGUCCUCCCAAGGAAACUACAGAGUUCAGACAAACGCAACGUUGAAGCUUCUGUCUUCCUCCUGAGGAAACAUAAAAUCAUCUUCUGAUUUCUUUUAGAGCUGUCUGUUCAUCCAGAACCUGGAGCUUUCUGCACCUUUGUGUGAGAUCUGUUUUCAUAACUCAACAGUUUACUGUAAUCUGUCACUAGAUCCAUUAGUGCACAGUGUAUGAAUAACUAUUAUACAGAUACUGUAUAUGAAAGUGAUGAAGGUUGUACAUCAGAGAUCAUUUAAACAGAAAAUUAUUUUCA